AACCAGAGCAGAUCCAUUGGAUGGGCGAGAUCUUUCAGAGCUGCAGUCAGUCUCCGGCAGAGAUCUCAUUCGGCAGACAAGCGCCUGACGGAACGGAUGUGUGUGCAACGCUGCGAUCGGUUCAGAUCAGUGGAUCUUCUUCAGAUCAGUAUCAGUUCAAUUGAGAUCAGUUCGGUGUUCGGUGUUCGGUAUAGAUAGAUAAAUGCCUAUUCGCGUGUGUACACUCGAUCGACAAAAAUCACUUCACACUUGGCCGGAAGAAGGUGGCAAUUGAGACAACUCAACGCCUCCGACAAAAGCGAAGCGAGAUUUCUGCAAAGAAACAACAAAAAUAAGGAAACAAAUAAAAGAAGUUCAAGUCAAUCAAUCGAUCGAUCGAACAGUGAUCGAUCACGCCGAAAAUUUUCGCCAGUCAACGCCAGCGGGCCAUAAAACAGAAGCGGAUGAUUUGAAACAAAGAAAAAACAAGACAACAUUUGGUGGAAAAUUGCCUCAAAGUGUUGAAGCGUCUGCGAAAAUAAGGAAAACCCAAAUGAGAAUACAAAUUUUUUUUUUCCGUUGAUUUCGCUCUCGAUUCUGAUUGACAACCUCCAGCCUCGAAUCGUAGCUUUUUGCAGUGUACUCCCAUGAUUGUGUGUGUGCGUGUGUGUUCUGUGUGUGUGCGCGGAUUCAAUAAUCAAAUCUGACAACUGCGCGAAAAACGUUUGAGAUCAAAACAACAACUAGCCCAGCAAAACCAAAUAAAUGGGCCCAGAAUUCAAUAUACAUAGAUACGCCAAUAAGCAUAUCGAGGGAUUAAUACGGGCUCAAAUGACUCACCUGAUGGGUCCCACGGAGUGCGCCAGCGCCAUGAUGAGCACCUCGAUGCCCUUCCUGGACAACGGCCUGGGCCCCAACCUAACGGAUUACAGCUGCUAUGCGAAUGAUUACUGGACCACGCCCUACAUGACCGGCGGCCUCAGCCCCAUGAAACAGAUCGAAGCCUGCAUUCAGACGGCUGGCAAGGAUCGCAGCUCCUACAAGCCCCUGGAACAGAUCGAUGCCAAAUUGGCCGACAUCGAGACGCACAGCAUGGGCAGCAGUGGCACGGCGGCAGGAUCCAGCAGCAGCAACAGCAACAGCAGCAGCAGCUCCCUCAGCCACCCCAAUGGCGGCUGCCAGGAGCAGCAGUCCUCGCUGCUCCACCAGGAGUAUGCCGGCGGCAGCAGCGAGGCCACAGGCGGAGCAGCAUUGGUGUCGGGCCCAGGGGACAGCACACCGGCGGGAGCACCUUCCGCCGCGGGCACACCAGCCAAGAAAUACAAAAAUCAACACAAAAAAGACAACAACAGUUUGGAAAAUAGUUCUGUAAAAGCCAACAACAAUCACAGCACCAGCAGCAAUGCCAAAGGGGAAUCAGAGCCAGUGCAUCCAUCGCUGGCCCAGGCCAUUGUUGUGCUGGAGACGAAGGCGCUGUGGGAUCAGUUCCAUGCCCAGGGCACCGAGAUGAUCAUCACGAAGACGGGUCGUCGCAUGUUUCCCACGUUUCAGGUGCGGAUCGGGGGCCUCGAUCCCCAUGCCACCUACAUCUGCAUGAUGGACUUUGUGCCCAUGGACGAUAAGCGCUAUCGCUAUGCCUUCCACAACUCCUGCUGGGUGGUGGCCGGCAAAGCGGAUCCUAUUUCACCGCCUCGCAUCCAUGUCCAUCCCGACUCGCCAGCGGCCGGCUCCAACUGGAUGAAACAGAUCGUGUCCUUCGACAAGCUGAAGCUGACCAACAACCAGCUGGACGAGAACGGCCAUAUCAUACUGAACUCGAUGCAUCGCUAUCAGCCGCGCUUUCAUCUGGUCUACUUGCCCCCGAAGAACGCCUCCCUGGAUGAGAACGAGCACUCGAGCCACUUUCGCACGUUCAUCUUUCCGGAGACGAGCUUUACGGCCGUGACUGCCUACCAGAAUCAGAGGGUGACACAGCUGAAGAUCUCCAGCAAUCCCUUCGCCAAAGGCUUCCGAGACGAUGGCACCAAUGAUGUAACCAGCGGCAGCACCAUGAGCCACGAGAGCCAGGCUCGCAUGAAGCAGCAACAGCAGCAGCAACAGCAGCAGCAGCAGCAGCAGCAGCAGCUGCAACAGCAACAACAGUUGAGUGGCAAGGAACGAACAACCAGCAACAAUUUCAGCCUGAGUUGCACAGAGCUGAGUGUGGAUCCCCAACAACAGCAGCAGCAGCAGCAGCAGCAACAACAGAGUGGCAUGCAACUGCCAGCCACGCCCUCGAGCAGCUCCGCCUCAGGGAACUCGCCGGAUCUGUUAUCCUUCCAAAUGGAGCAACUGCAGCAGCAGCAACAGCAGCAGCAGCAGCAACAUCACUUGCAACAGCAGCAGCAGCAACACCAGCAGCAGCAACAUGCCACGUUGCAUCAUCAGAGCCACAAUCAAUAUGGAAGCUAUCACCAUGCCUACCAGACCCAUCCACUGACGCCACACUCCACCAGCUCAGCCUCGCCGCCGGCUGUAAACCCCGCCAGCAGUGCAGCGGCCACAGGAGGGGCACCAACAGCAGGAGGAGCAACUGCAGCAGGAGCACCAGGAGCAGAUGCUGGCGCUGGGGCAACUCCCCAGGUGAUGGCGGCGGCGGCUAACAUUUACUCCAGCAUCGGCCAGCCCUAUGCCCAGGAGCAGAGCAACUUUGGGGCAAUCUAUCAUCAUAAUGCUGCCGCUGCUGCCCACUAUCACCAUGGCCACGCCCACAACCACGCCCAUGGGCACGGGCAUGGGCAUGGGCAUGGUCAUGGACCCUAUGCCAGUGCCUACGACAAGCUGAAGGUGUCGCGGCAUGCGGCAGCCGCCGCCUAUGGAAUGACGGCCAGCUACCAGACCUUCUACGGAUCGGCGGCCCAUCAUCAGAUGAUGCGACCCAAUAGCUAUAUAGAUCUGGUGCCCCGCUAGAUCGCGGAUCGGACACUGCAGAACGCAGCAAAAAAGUAUUAGCAGCAGUUGAGAUUAAACCAAAUAAAUGCAAAAAGUAUUACAAGUAUUUCUUUAAAUAUCUAAAAAUUAUUGUUUGUUUGUUUGUUUUUUUUUUUUGCCUAGUUCUUAAAUAUGUAAAAGCAACCAAAAAUAUGUGUGUGUGCCAUGUAAGAGAAAACCAGAAAAAAAGAAGCGAAAAAAAAUGCAUAUUUAUAGUUUGUAAAAUGUAAUUUUAUCAUACGAUUAAUGUUUUAAUAUUAAACUGUUUUUUUUUUGCGCCCAACA